GAAUGAACUUGUUUCUCAUUCUACGUGUUUCACAGCAUUCUUCAAUUUGGUCGAAUUGCAAACGACGUCUACCGUCUUCGUCGCAUCUUCAAAACGUCCGUGGUCGUUGCAAAAAUUGAAGAACCCGAUCGAAAGAGAUUGAAACCGGUGCAAAGCCGAAUUACCGAAACUUUGGGAGAAAAUAUGGUCGUGAUGAUGGCCUCGGUGAGGCAACAGCUGAGUACUUUAUCUCAUGCCGGAGGUUCUCACAAGGACCAGGCAGAAAGAUACCGAACGCUAUUGGAUUUUCUGGUAAAAUCUGCGGGCGAGGAGUUGGUUGACAUGCUGAAACUCUUUAUCGAAGCAAUCGUCAAUGAGAACGUAAGUUUGGUUAUAUCAAGACAAGUUUUGACAGAGGUUAGUAGCCGGUUGCUUGUCUUACCUGAUGAAGUUUCAAAGGCUGUUGCUCAUUACACCCUUGAUAAGGUUCAACCCCGUGUUAUAUCAUUCGAGGAACAGGUUGCCAGUAUCAGACAGCAUUUGGCUGACAUUUAUGAACGCAAUCAAAAUUGGCGAGAGGCGGCAAAUGUUCUGGUUGGCAUACCGUUAGAAACAGGACAAAAGCAAUACACUGUCGACUACAAGCUCGAGACUUACCUCAAAAUUGCGCGGCUCUAUUUAGAAGAUGACGAUCCGGUUCAGGCAGAAGCAUUCAUAAACAGAGCAUCACUUUUGCAGGCGGAGUCAAAAAAUGAGCAAUUGCAAAUUUACUACAAAGUUUGCUAUGCUAGGGUGUUGGAUUACAGAAGAAAGUUCAUCGAAGCUGCUCAGCGGUACAAUGAACUGUCAUAUCGAUCGAUUAUACACGAAGAUGAGCGUAUGACCGCACUUAGAAAUGCAUUGAUCUGUACUGUACUUGCAUCCGCAGGCCAACAAAGAAGUCGCAUGUUAGCUACCCUGUUCAAAGAUGAACGUUGCCAACAGCUGCCGGCAUAUUCCAUUCUUGAAAAGAUGUACUUGGAUCGUAUCAUUCGACGCACUGAGCUUCAGGGUUUCGAGGCGCUAUUGCAGCCCCAUCAAAAAGCCUGUACCACUGACGGUUUGGGUUCGACAAUUUUAGACCGAGCCGUUAUCGAACAUAAUCUCUUAUCCGCCAGCAAACUCUACAAUAACAUCACUUUUGAGGAGUUGGGUGCUUUGCUCGAAAUUCCUCCGACGAAUGCAGAAAAAAUAGCCAGUCAAAUGAUUACAGAGAGCCGAAUGAACGGAUACAUUGAUCAAAUUGAUUCGAUCGUACACUUUGAAAACCGUGAAAUCUUGCCAACUUGGGACAAGCAAAUACAGUCUCUUUGUUAUCAGGUGAAUCAAAUAAUAGAGAAAAUAGCUCAGACUGAACCUGAGUGGAUAGCCAAAGCUACAGAGGAUCAGAUGGUACACUAAUAUUAAAUUUAUCCCCGCCAUCUAUCCAGUUUUUGUGCAAGCUAUUUUUGCACAGUGUGUCAGAUGCUACACAAAAAAAAGUUUUAAGUAAAAUAAAAGCGCCGGUAAUGCGCUGUGGAAACUUAUUGCCGAUGUCGUGAUGUGGUAGAAACGCGCUGUGCGUCAAGUUAUCCUAUUGCUUCGAACAUAAGCAGAGGUUUUUGGUAGUUGACAGAACCCGUCAAAAUCAUACUAGUCUUAUAUACGGACAUGUUUUAUGCGCGGGUAUCUGAAAAAAAAAAAGAUAAGUAAUAAAAAUGAUUGAACAAACAUAUGUUAUUAUUAUUGGACUGCAUUUUUGACCAAAGAAUGAAUAUAAAAUCUCAUUGUAAUAUCUGAAUAGAAAUAUUUCGGCCUGUAUUAUAAUGAGGUUUUAUGUUCAUUCUUAUGUAAAAAAUGCAAUCCAAUAAUAAUAAUUUUUUUUUUUUUCAAUUUAUCGUUUGAAGUUAUGAAAUCUCCAUUUUCUAAUAAGCGUCAAAAAUUUUGUUAUAUUUUAUAAGAUUUUUCAGAAUUUUUUCAGAUUUUAGAAAAUGGGGUUUUUUUUCGAGUUUUUAAAUCAUAACUCAGAUAUGCUGGGUCGAAAAAUUCUGAAAAAAUUACCGAAUGAAUUUUUUGUCAUGUACUUUCAUAAAAAAAAUUAUUUAACAAAUCUGAGACCUCACCGUAGAAUCUUGAUCAUUUUGGUAUGGAAUGCCCCUGUAAUAUCCCUAAAAAACAGAAAUUGUCUCAACAGCUGCCAUUGUACGAACAGUCUCAAUAAUCACGAAAAAUACAGAAGACUCGUUAGCUAAUGGAAGUGUCAUCGCUGAGAAUUACUAUGAUCGGAUCGAAUGUCUAUACGGAAAUAACAGUUGAUGGUAGACAUGUUAUAUGUGUCACUUUCGAACCAACAACAGCUCUUGUCUUUUGCCACAUGUAACAUCAUAUAUAUAUUGUGAAGUCUAUAGCAAUUCACUAAUGUAAGGAAGCAUUACUUGAUACGAAAAUGUAAUCAAACCAUUUGCAAUUUGAAAAAAGAAUAUUUCUCAUCACAUCAUUAAUGUAAAUAAAAUAAUAAUUUUUUUUGAACAUAA